CUUAUGACCAUACCUAACGUCUUCUACUCGGAAACACCUGUUCUUGAUUAAAUCUGACAUUCACGAGGAAGUUGUGACACAGACUGGAAAUAGAGCCUAGCGAUGCUGUCACGCUUUAAAGCACUGACUGGGUCGCUGUUAAGCUAGGCCGGAAGCCUUGCGCGAAGGCAAGGUUUGACCAGGCUGAACCGGAACAUUGCAAAAUUGGGCAAGUCAAGCGCCAUGGAGGCAGCCGAGCAGCUGGCUCAGUCACAGUCCACGAAGUCACAGCCCGCACGGCUUGAUGGCCUGCCGCGGCGCCCGACCGGCUACUGCCGCUUCAGCCCACCCACCGUCCUUGUGCCGCUCGUAUCCUCGUGCCAUCCGCCGUGCCCUUUGACGACUGUUAGGAACAACUUCAACGAAUGGUGGCGCGGCUUCAAGGAGGCGACGGGCGUAAGGCCCCUGAAGCACGACAUCGAAUGCUUCUACUCUUCUACGGAGGCCCAGGCGGCAUGGGCGCAUGACGAGCGCCCGUCUAUCAAGGAGGUGUGCCAGCACUGCAAGGGCAUGCGCACAAAGGAGGAGGUGCGGGCCUACUUUAGGGAGUACCGGCUACGAAGGUCUCGGACGCGAUCCUCAACUGGCUCGGAGUCAUCCGAUGUCAGUGCCUCCGAGGAUCACACGCGCUCAGCAUGCACAGCUGCCGACGUUCACACUGGCUGCGGUACCGAUGAGGUCACGUCCCCGGAUCCGGAACGCAAGCGGCCCCGACGCCAUGCACCUUCCGCUGCGGGGGCUGGCGGUGGGCGCCCGCCGCGGCCGCCACCCAAAGCAGCGACGCGGCGGCGGUCGCCGCGGGGCCGCCCAAGCAGGCAGCAGACCCACCAACACCCAUCAGAGCUGGUGCGAAAGGACCUCCUGCUGCCAUCAUACUACUUCUUGGGCGCACAGCAAGCGUUGGCAGCGCGCCAGCCAGGCGGUGACUCGGAUGCCGCUGGCAGCGGCCAUGACACCAGCAAUAGCGCGCUGGCGACCAUUGCGCCAGCCAUUCAGGUGAACUACGAGGUGGGCCAGCGGCGUGGCACCCUGAACGUGGCCAGCAACGCGCACGCGGCGGACAUCAUCCCUGGCGGCGGCGGUGACAGUGCCGCUGCCUCUGAGAACGCGGAGCAGUACAGCUCAUUGCGACUGCAUGGCGGCGCAGCUCUGGACAUCGCGCCCUUGCAGCUGCACGAUGGCGCUGCGGCGGCCAACAUGACGUACGACUGCCGUGAGACACAACUCGGCAGCACCACGCUUGCGGCCGGUGGCCCCGGUAACAACGGCUCAGCUGCGGGCUGUCUUGCCCAGGUGUUCCUAGCAGCUGAUGACGGCAUCGCCUCGGCAAUGAGUGGUCAGCGCUGCGGAGCGCAAACCGGUGAGCAGCACCGCCGCCCCGUCACAGACAGACAGGCACAGGCGCAGGAGCCGCCGUGCUCCCCAAGAGCUGGCAACGCAUCUGGGCUUGACGAGAGCUGCAACAGCGAGGAGGCGGCAUCUCAGAGUGCAGGAACUCAGCACAGCCAGCAGCAGUCGCAUCAGGAUGAGGUUGCGCCGCGCGGCUGCGCGCGGUGCCGUAGCCACAGCGGACGCCCGCAAAGCGGCGACGUGUGCGCGGGUGCAGCACGCCAGUGGGAUAAGGAGGCGCCGCCAGUGGGUGCGGACAGGAGCAGCUGCUGCCAUCCGCUUGGAGAAGGCCCCUCCUGGCUGCACGCCGCCCGGCUGCCACCGGCGCCACCCCUGCCGCCGCUCUCUGUGAUGUACAGUCAGGCGGGGCCGUGUCACGGCUGGCCAGGGCUACCACUCGCCUGGUCUUGGGCCGGUGACGCAGAGCAUCGCCCGGACAUUGGCGAACAGCACACAUGCCAGGCGCCCUAUCACAGCAGGCCGACGAUGGGCGGCUUUGCUUCCGCACCACUCGGCCUCAGCUUCCCACAGCUUGCGGCAUUCGCGCCGCCGGCGCCUCGCAACCCGCCACCGGCACCCAAGGCACCGGUGGCGUGUAGCCGCGGCGAUGCAACGGCAAUGUCAUGCGGCGCUUGGGGUGGUACAUCGGCUGCGAGUGGGCCCGGCAGCACUGGCGCCAUGCUGGGUCCGUGUCCAUGCCCGAUCCACACGGGUGCUUUCCCAGGGCAUGUCUACAGCGCAGCCUGGUACCCUCCGCCUGCGUACGGGUCCUACAUGCCCGCUGGUGGGUAUGCAUACGACCCCUACGGGUGCUACCCAUCGAGUGCUGUUGGCUUGCCCUACCCACCACGCUUCUACCCACGGACCGGCGAGCCGCAACUCGCCCCGGCCGUGUUUACAGCCUGCACUGCUGAUGCCGCCGCUGCCAGAGGCGCCCCGCUCCAUGGACGCAUCAGUGCGUCCGGCAGCCCACUGGACGGGGGUAGUGAUGACGUGCCUGCGGCACCCGCGCGCGGUGCGCUCACGCUGCGCACGGCACAGCCGAGCCGGCCGGCUCCACCUGGUAGUGCGGCGCCGGCCGCAGCCCCCACAGCUGGCGCCGUCGACCUCCGCUGGUCACCCACUUCACCGAGUGCGGGCCUGACCAACAACUCGGUCUUCUGUUGGGCGAAAGCCUCCGCCGCAGUCGCAGCUGGGCACACCUCAGAGGGUCCGAACGGCGCGCCUGGCGCAGCGCCUGCGGCUGCACGAGCGCUCGGGGGCAGUCUGGCGGCAGCUGAUGGCCGGGCGGCUCCCGCAGCCCUCCUUGUCGGCGGCAGCAAUGGCGCGCCGGCGAGCUUCAAGCGUGGGCGAGCCCCCGGAAACACACCGACCCGCCCCAUAGCUGCGUUGGUCCAGGCCCGCUCCGCAGCCAGCGGCGGGCGCCGCAUGGAGGGGUGUGGUGGAGCCGUGGCGCGUGGCCAGCGACUUUUCGAAACGGAUGACCUUGGCGACCUGCUGAAUGAAGCGUUCAAUGGCGGCCUGUGGGAAACGAAGCAUCAGAUGGGCAGUGCGCGCUCUUGACUCUAAGAGGCAGCCUGCAGGGAUGUAUGCUUAUGCCGCAUGGGCGGCUUUCUAUGAGGAAUUGCGACUGUGUGUGUAUGUGUGUGUGAACUUCUUUUGUUUUGACUGAUUGCUGUACAAGCCAUGGCAACAUCUAGCGUAGCAUGCUAGCUUCGGACUGAGUACGGCACUGUGAGAGAAAAAUGCAACCGACACCGUGGCCCGAAGGAUUGCCACGUUAUACCCGCUUGCACUGCGCUGGCGCUGCAUCUGCUUUCGGGCUGGCCAUAUUCGGCAUGAGAGAUUCCUGUGUACCGCAUUUACCGAACUGGUGAUGGUGCAAUGCUAUGCAGUCUUGUCAUGAAAAAUGGUGACCGCAAUGAUCAACAUGACCAGGACUGUACGAGCGCGCUUAUGUGUGCUGGUUGGGGUUUGUGCCACGCAUGGAACCGUGUUGCGGUUAAAGUGUGAUCGACCUGUUGCACCGUUGAUGCCUGCAUUACACAAACAGCCGAUGGGGUGCACGCUUGAGCGUCACCCCAUGCGCGUGCUCUGUGAAAUUUCGGGUGCUGGGUGCUUAUCAUAUGCGAGUAUGUGCUCUGGCCACGCGCUGUACCAGGGUCUUGGUGUCUUCUUUUGCCGUGUAUGUCAUGAGAAUACAGUGUGUUCGAACCGCGCUGGUCGAGCAUCAUGAACUAGAUCGUGUCAAACUUGUCUUCGUAGCAGUAGUGGGCGAGACCAGAUUUUGUUAGUAUUUCAGCAGUAAGAGACGUUAGGGCAGUACCGUAUCCGCGUACAUGACAAAAGGAGCAGAGUGAGGCUGGACACGCGCAAGCUUGAGUGAUGGUUAUUUAUUGCAGGGCAGCAGGAUAGAGCAGGUAGCAACACGUAGCGCCCUGUGAAUGCCUGUAGGAACAGAGCGCACGGAGUUCAGUGCUGAGUGUUUAGGUAGUACGGCAGUGAUUGAAGCAUGGAUGGCGUGGCGUGGUGCGCAGCGUGCUCAUACGCACACCCGUCAGGUGUCUUUGGAACACGUAUGGAUGGGCCGGCCGACCUAGUUCAGUGAUGUGAGGAGCUGUUAGACCAACGGUCUGUUCAGCGCAAGCCCUCUUACACCGUUCCGGUUGUCGCCUGUGCUUGGCGUAGACCAAACACAUUCUUGCUUCGUGUGGAAACGCGGCGAGUGCGAGGGAACCUCGGAUGCCCCAGGUCGGCUGGGCAGUGGCAGUCCGCUGGCGAGGGUGGGCUGUAUGGGGGGUGUUCUUUCACCUGAGGACGGAUGAUAGUAGAGACGGAUCCCGUAUAUGGACACGUCGGGUGCGUCUGCUACGGGCAGAUUGGCCGCUGUGAAACGGCCUUGCGUGUGUAGUAGAAUCAACUUUGGAUGGCGGCGGACGGUAGCAGAAAGGGUUUCAAGAUAGGUCAGGACGUUCCUCGUGUGUGGGGAGCGGGUACGCUGUAGUGGUGAAAGCCACGGAUAACCCAUUGUGGGGAAGCAACACCCCUGAUACGGUUGUUCAAGCCCCAAGCCUACAGCCCUACGUAACGGUUGCGCUGCGUGCCGUUUGUCAAGGAAACGGGUAGGCGUACGGUAUGUGUCGGUCGAUGGCCGCAAAGGACCGAAGGUGGCAGCCGUGUUGUCCGGCACCUCUAAUUUACGGUAGCACCCUGCCCCCGAGAUCCAUCGGUUUGGGAUUCACAGCACAUUCCGAGUGUGAACUGAAGUAGGACGACCCGCCCUGCAACUGUGUGUAUGCCUCGGAUGGCCCCGGUCGGCUGGACAGUGAGUGUCAGUGUCAGUCCGC